CCGCCCAGCUGAGGUCUGAUUGGUCGUUUUCCGACGUCGUUGCUCUUCAUUGGCUCAUGCAGUGCCACUCAGCAUCUCACCACUGCUGUGAGUCUGUGCGGCUCAAAAAGAAAUCAUAUUUUUUGUAGAGCGGGGAGCAGCUCGUCUUUGGCCGGCGGGGUUGCUUAUUUGCGGGGGUGUUUUUAGUUUGUCUUGGCUGCUAGGGGGUGCUUAUGGAUCUUUAUUGCGUAAAGAAGAGGCAGUGAGUCAGUAUUUGCUGCAGAAUGGUAUUACGAAAAAGGCUAAAAUGGUGCCUUUGCAGCAGGGGUAUUAAUUUUGCCGGUGCCUUGUAGCCGUAGUGCAAGUUAGCUUAUGAACAGCAGAACGUUAGCCGACUAGCUAAUGCUAGGUCUUUCGUUUCCUUUGGCUUGUCAGGACAGUUUAUUGUUUUAUCCCUCCCUCUUUAAAGCUGGGCUUUUGCUCUUUACUUUGCUGGCUGUGGUCCAUUUUUCGUUGCUUCCCGCGGUUAAAAAAGACACCGGAAUGAAGCGUGUGAACAGCUUUCAGAGGUUCAUGAACAGACGGGCCUCUGCAAACUGCCGCUACCAGCCUACCUGCUACGAGCAUGCUGCAAACUUUUACACCCAUGCACUCCUCAUCGUGCCAGCCUUCGUGGGGAUGACGCUGCUGCACUGUCUGUCGGACAACCGCUGGGAGAGGAUCACGGCCUGGGUGUACGGCAUGGGCCUGUGUGCCCUCUUCCUCGUCUCCACCGUGUUUCAUAUCAUCACCUGGAAGAAGAGUCACAUGAGGUCAGUGGAGCAUUGCUUUCACAUGUGUGACAGAGUGGUCAUCUAUUUCUUCAUCGCUGCCUCCUACACACCUUGGUUGAACCUGCGUGAGCUGGGCCCCCUCGCAGCACACAUGCGCUGGUUUGUGUGGCUCAUGGCUGCGGCUGGAACCAUUUAUGUCUUCAACUACCAUGAAAAGUAUAAACUCGUUGAGCUGGCCUUCUAUUUGACGAUGGGAUUUUUUCCCGCAUCUGUGGUGACAUCAAUGGUAAUAUAUAUUUUUAUUGAUACAAGCACAUUUAGCUUAAGUCUUAAACCCUCACAUCACUUCUUCAUCUCAGCCGAUAAACCGAACAUGCGGCAGCUGCAGGGUGGAGCUGUUAGCUGUGUGUCUUACUUCCUCUUUAGAGUGUUUGACAAGAGUUCACAGAAAACAAACGAUGCAUUUAAAGUUUUCUUUGUGAUUUAAUGAUUCAUAUAAAACCAUUCAGAGCUGCAAAAAUCGUCGUCUUUGUUUUAAUCUCUGCUUCUACUGGUCUCAGUGGAAAUAGCAGCCACAUAUCUCAGUAAUCCUUUUCUGUGCAUGCUGCAUGUUUUAUUGUUAAUAUUUUUGCAGGAUUUUGUGGUGCUUUGUUGGUUUGUGUGCACUUUCUGAUAUUUCAUUAUGUCCAUUGGCUCCUGUUAUGUCCUGCACACUUUACUCGGGUUCGCUGCUCAGCUGUAGUGAGUCAUUCUUGCAAAGUUAUUUUCAACUUUGUCUUCCGUCUGUGAAAACGACGCCGUCCACGAUGCGCUUACAAAAAACGGUUUACUCAAUCUCAUGUUGAGGGUUCAGCUGCUACAAACCAGCUGCCUGAUU